AUGCCUCAACACCCGCCGGAGGAUGUCCAGGACCUUGUUGACCUGUAUCGAGCAUUUGACCUUAUCUCCUUGAAUACUUGGAGGCACCCGACCUCCGGAACCGCCUCUACUUUCAAAUGGGGCCAGGUCGAGUCUCAAAUCGAUUUCUUGUGGGUGCGACGACGAGACGCCACCUCGCAGGCUAAGCAGGCAUAUGCAAUGCACCACUUCCCAGUGGGAGCGUCUAGGCAGGGCGGCGCCCAUCAUUUCCCACUGCUCUGCUGCCUCAAUUUGCGUAGACCGCACUGGACUCGUGCUCCAGAACGAGCUGUUCACUCCAUUGAUCGCGAGGCCCUUCUGACUGCCAUUGACAACCCCACUCAACCUGAACAUGCAUGGCAGCUGAACCACCUUCGCCAGGCAGCCAUGCGCCACAUGCAGACCAACCCAACGCUGGCUGGUGUCGAACAGCUACAUACGGUCCUGUACCGGGUUUGUCUGCAAAUCUUCCCGAAGGCCGCCACCUCAGCUCCCGUCAAACCUUGGCAAACCACUGACGUGCAAAGUGGGAUCAGGUCCAUGUGGGACAAGUGGAAAGCCUUCAAAAGAAUCCGAAAGAACGGGCUACGCGGAUGGUUUGCGGCUUGGAGAGCUUGGCGAGUCUUUGCUGCUCACCACAAGCAGCACCAAGCCACCUAUCGUGCUGCCCGAAAACGGGUUCUUACUGCUGCCAUGGACGAGGAGGUGGACCUCCUGGCUAAUCAUUUCAAAAAGCGGUUUUGUGAAACCAACACUGCUGCUCUGAAUGCGACCAGGGGUCCCUGGUUCACUGCAGCUGCUCCGGAGCUUGACCCCAACGAGCUCUCCCAGCAGCUUCCCUACAUACCCUCCCUGCUCCAUGCCAUCCAGCAGUUUCCACAAUAUGCAUAUCAGCAAGGGAAGAACUUGGUUAUCAUCGCAAAGACCUGCGUGCUCGCAAAGCAGGCGUUUGACGUCAUGCAAUGGCACUCACAGAUUCACUAUACCGUGCGACACGCCGAUCAAUCCUGCACCUUCCCGGCAAGCCGUGGCAUCCGCCAAGGCCACGACAAAGUGAAUCAGAUCCUCACGGUCUUUGCUGACGACCACUUUGCAGCUGACACCUUCCAAAGCAUACCGGAAUUUGAGGCACUCCUUGACUGUAUCGUUGCCCUGUUCAGCACUCUGGAAGCUUUCGGCAUGGAGGUCAGUGAUGCCAAGUCCAAGGCAGUCCUGAUCUUACGGGGCACCCUAAGCAACACCAUCACCCGUCGCUAUGUCCGCAAGGUCCCUGGAGGCCGAGUUCUACGCAUUCAGCUACGAAGUCGAGUCUUGGCCAUCCCCCUAGUCUCGCAAUUCACGUACCUUGGUGCACAGGUUAGCUAUCAGGCUUUUGAGAACCAAACUCUCCAGUACCGACUAGAUAAAGGCACUGCCACCUACAACCGCCUUGGUUCUGUCCUCAAAGGUCACAAGACUUUGGAGACUGCUGUGAUCAAGCACCUCCAUCCUCAGGCCCUCGCCUCGGCGGUUGCUCAGAAACAAAUCGAUGUUGAGAGUGAGUGGAAACUUUUUCUUGAUUGUCUGAAUGAGCUCAUGCGAAGAACGUUCGCCCACCUUGCCUCGCACCACCCGGAUGAACAGGUCCGAAAGGAGGCGGCGCACAAAGCAAGAGCUUCAGGUCUGUGUGGUUUGGAGCCCGUACACAAGAGUCGGCAUCCCAAGCGCUGCGGUGACCUGAAUGGCAAAGGUGCCAUGGGAGUUACCAAGCUCCGAAAACGUGUUGCCAGACUGUACGAGCUUAAGCGUUGCUUGCUGCUCAGACUGCAAGACGACAACCCUCGCAAGGUUCAGCACACUCGAACUUGCCACAACUUGAUCAAUCGACUUGCGCUGCGUGAGCAUGGUUGGUCGGUGCGUCGAGUCUGCCAAGAGCUUGAUGUUGCCAAACAUAAUCUGUCGGAGAUUGAAAACAAAACCCGAAAGGCCAGGCUUGAUCAGUGGAAGCAUGAUUUUAUCAGCGACAUGAAAUUUGCUGGGCGCUGGCUCCGUAACAGAAAAGGCAUUCAAAGCCCUGACAUAAAGCCGACCGACGGCCCGGUCGCUCACAACAACGAAGAAGCUGUUGAAGCCAUCCGGGAGUAUUGGGCGCAGUUCUGGAGCAAAGUUGAAGAAACUUCUCCUGAUGCUAACACCAUUGCUGCUAGACUCAUUGAAAAUAGUGAGGCUCCUUCCCAGAUCGCCUGGACGAUCCCGUCGACCCAAGAAUUCCACAAACAGGCCUCCGGCAUGAGAGGGGCUGCUGGUGGAGACGGCUGGGCAGCGGAAGACACCAGGCACUUGCCGUUGCCAGUCUGGGGCUGGUACCGUGCUUUGGUCGAAAGAUGGCUUGCGAUCGGUGAACUCCCCAAGCCACUCAUGCAUGCGCGUUGUGUGUUUUUAAGUAAAGACCACAAAAUCGUUGAUGGCAAACUCAAGCCUGACGAUGCUAGACCUAUUACGGUCUUGAGCAUAUGGUGGCGAGUGCUCAUGAGCACGUGGCUUCGUAGGGAUGAGUGUCGUGCUUGGACUGCUCAAGUGAUCCACCCUGACGUUGCUUAUGGCUGCGGCUCGGAUGCCCAAGUCUUGGCUGCAAAAGUUCUGAAUAGCUACAGCAGCACAGGUUUUCUUGGCAGCUUGGACUACACCAAAUGCUUCGAUUGCCUUAGACCUGAGGCUACUGUGCAGUUGCUUCAACAUGUUGGAUUUCACCAUGGACUCGCCGCGCUUGCAGGGACCAUGUGGACUGGCCACAAACGUUGGUUGUCAUACCAAGGUCACGUUGCCAAUCGGCCGAUGGCCUGCACUCUUGCUGUGCCACAAGGCGACCCUGCUGGCCCGCUUGUUGCCGCCUUGUGGUUGUCGGCCGGCUGCAGAUGGGUGGCUUCUAACUCCCCUCCUUGGGUUGCUCGGGAUGGCUGUACGUCCGUGUUCAUGGAUGACAGGUCUUUCACGGCCAGCAGUGUCGACAGCCUGAAGCUUAAAAUCCAGGGCUGGGAAUCCUGGAGCUCCAGAGUAGGACUCCUUGAGAGUCUGUCCAAAGCUCAGGUUGCUGCAAAGAGCCUCAGGCAGAAAGCUUGUCUUGCUUGCAACUUUGACCCUAGCGUAAUCAGAGCGGAUGUUUUAUUCCUGGGUGUUGCCAGCCGCAGCAGGCCUCGCACUGACCAUGACAAGGAGUCUGAACGCCUCGCCACGGCAACGGAAAGGCUCACGGUGCUUGGAAGCCUCAAACUCGGGUAUGACUGCUUUGCGCGGUAUGCCAGAAUGUUUGCUAUCAGUGCAGUCUCCUACGGUUGGCUGGCCAGAAUGCCUACUCUCACAGCCUCAAACAAGUUAUGGGCUGCUGUUAAAGCUGGGCAAGGCCGAGUGCGUAUGGCAAACAAAUGGAUGCGUGCUUUGAUUCUUGGUGGGAACUCUCACCUCGAUAUCAUCGCAGCUUCUAACUUGUUCCGAGUCGUUUGGCGGCUCAGGGAGCAAGGGCUUUCGCACUGGAAUGCUAAGGCGGGUGCUCCGGUCGCGGUGCUUCGCAAAUGGUUCAAGCAGCGGGGUUUUCAGGAGCUCAGGCCUUGGAUAUGGACUAAGGAAGGUGGGCCACGCAUAGAACUCUGCACGGGCAGAGGCCUUGACAAGGCUCAGCACUGCCUCCGUGAAGGCUGGAUGGACUGGAAAAGCAUCAAGAAGCUCAUUGCCUCGGAUGCUCCUGCGCGAACGGUCGCGCUUGGCGCCACCGUUACCCCUGCUUGGUUCCAGUUUGCCCGUAGUCCCGAGCAGUGGUCUCUGCAAAAGGUUUGGCUGGCAACGCCAAGGUGUGAUGGCCAGCUGAAUCUUUGGUUGGAGCGGCUGGCCGUCUUCCUUGUGCUGUCGAUCGGGCGGCAGUACAUAUGGGAAAGUUCUUCUUCUUCAGACCAGCAGAUCAUGGAGAUCUUCGGGCCAGUGGCCAUGGAGGGAGCCAGCAAACUGGCCAAUCUGCUCACGGAGGACACGUUAUCAGACAACGACCGUCCACACAAGCACACCAGAACAGACAAGCGCCAGAGGGCACCCUAUGGCGAGCCUUCAGGCUGGGGAUUCGGUCCUCGCUACAAGGGACAGAACCGGCAGGAUCGUCAGGACAAGGAGGCGGCCUUGAUCAAGGCGAUGGGCAGGUUGGUCAUCCGCCAAGAGACCCAGCUGCAGAUCCUGAAGCAAAACUCCGCCUGGACCCUCUACUUAAAACCGGGCCAGACAGGUGCAAUGCCGAUUCUGUUCAAGACUGCAGCCACCUACCGCGAGGCCUCGAAAACCAAGUUUAUGGAGGCCCCCUUGCGAGCAGUUCUGCUGAGUACACUCUUUCGGACCUUGCUGGCAUGCCUGCAGACCUUGACCACACAACCGGAUCAGCAAGCUCAAGCCAAGACCAAAGGAUGGUUGAAUGCGGAGGGAAAAUGGGUAUACCAACGUUGGGACCCGGAGAACCAGACUCUCAAAACCGACGAGGCAAGAGCAGCGGUGACACACCAGGAGGUCAUCAAUCACGUCACCCUGUUGGUGACAGCCGUGACGGGGAAGGACGUGAUCCAUCGCUUCAAUGCCACGAACGGCCUUCCGGCCAAUCCCGACCAAGUCACGACUUUUCUCUUGGAGGUGGGAUUGCGGGCCCCGGGAGUCGAGAAGGUCUGGACAGCCCUCGAAUUCUUAUCGAACUCGACGGCCCUACAGCUGUGCGGAAUGCAACUCAAGCGGGACAGUCUCAAGCGGAGCUCGCUUGCCAACGACGUGCAGAAAUUGCUGCAGGACUACACAGGCUCUGCUUGCUCAAUCGCUCCCAGCACUGCUAUGCAAACUCCUUUGCAUUCACGCUGCUAUGGUGCCACCAGCUUCUGCAGGUGCCUGAAGCACAGCUCUUUGGUACUAAAGUGCAGGCGUGGAGAGAUGUUCUCUACCACAAAAGCAGUGUAG